CGAGCGACAGGCCAGUUGCGGUUUGUGUUUGCCAACGAAAUAACGUGUUUCACGCACUUACGACGAGAAUAUCGAAAAUAUUUACAUAACCGUUACUCACCGACCAGUGAUUCACCGAUAUCGAACGAAUUAACGAAACAAUUUAUUUUACAAAAUUAAAGCGCACAAAAAGGAUUACACUGAGCUUUAAUUGUAUUUAAAUACUAAAUAAUUUCUAGACUACUUUUUUAGCAUAACUGUGUAAUUUUUUAAAUAAAAAACAUACAAAAUGUGUGGCUGUUUGGUGGAGUGUCUCAAAUGUCCAGCGAAGCUUUUCUGCUGCUGCUGUGAAUGCGCACUAAAUAUGAUUCUCGGCAUGAUUUGUUCGGCCAUAGUAUUAAUUGUCGUAAUCGGACUGAUCGUAUACUUUACAGUAUAUUACCAUAAGGAUGGUUCUGAUGAUCAUCAGGAGAAAAUGGUGCGGCAGCUGAUAACAGCUGCGCCUUUAACCUUCAAGGAUUACUUCCAUCAACAAAACUAAAAUGGAUUUAAUUCAACUUAAGACAGGAUUGUGGCUUACGCAAUUAAUUUAGUAUGAACCAGUGUGUAUUAUUGUUGUUAAAAGUGUAUAUUUUUUAGUUCUAAUAAAUUAAAUAAAUAUUUUUAAACAUUUAUACAAGAGAA